CAGGAGGGACUGAAGCUACCCAUACACUGCCCGCCAGUGGAAUAAACGGGUUUAUUCGUAUUCUCUUAUUAUUUAUAUAACCUAGGAAGGGAAGACGAGAGUCUGCGAUUAGAGUCCCGGGGGACAAAGAUUACUUUAGUUAAAGACGAGGUAAGUCUUCUUGGGGUUUGAGUUAUGCGUUUGAACACAUACGGAUCAGCGGAGCGAUUCGGACCAAAGGGUUGUGAGAGCAACGACCGGUACGGAGGCUUAAAACCAUCAGGUUAUGGUUUUCUCUUCUUCGCUAUACUUAUUUGGCAGGCCAAAGGAUGGAAUCAAACCAACAGUUGGGGACUGGUGGACUCACCGACGGGGCAGUCGGAAACCUCUCAAACAGCGCUGUGCAAGCGAUGGGUCUGGUAGAGACCAGCUGUUAUAGCGGAGUGAGAAACGGAGCGGGUGAUGCAGGAACCUUCCACCGGGUAGAGUGGCAAGUCUUUAGGCUAAGCGGAGCACUGCGGUUGGGAAACGCGGAACUAGGCAUACUACUCAACAGGAUUGUUGGGGCGGGACGCUGGAGGGUCAGGGAGGCGAAUGGAACUUGGUUCAUUAUGUUGCCGCGCAACGUCGACAAGAGUGAUGCCUUGAGGCACGGGUUACGCGAAGCUGAUAGUAAGUUCAAGUGGUGGUGCCACUGUGGUAAGUAGCCCGGAGGGCCGUGGCUAGGAUAGCCGGUAGAACGAAGUGAUGGAUGGAAUCGACCAAGGAGACUUGGGCUAGAUGCUAGUAGCAUAGGAGUUAGAUAAACAGAGUGAAUUCAAUUGGUUAAGAU